CGCCCCAAAAUUCAAAAUUUGGUAAAUAAUAAUCACAAUCUUGGUCCCAGGUAUUGUCAUCUUCUUCCUCCGCUCCGCUCUGCCAUCGAAUAAAGAAGAAAGCUCUUCACUCCCUCCGACGUCCCCCCUCUCUGGAGAAGAAUGGAGUCUUGAGCUUCCUCGUUUGUCCUCGCGCGCGCACGAAUCUUCCUUUAAAACCCUCCGAUUCUCAUUGCAGAUAGCAUCUUUCUUCUCCUUCUCAACUCAAAACAUUUUCUCUUCUCCUUCCAACACAAAUUCCCAUUUUGGACCCUUCACUGAAUCUUGAUUCGUUUGGCCAAAUCUCGUGUUCGUAUUUCAAGAUCCACCGGAUCGGCAAAAACCCUUUUUGCAGGUUUUGCAGCUUUGCUCAACUUUCACUCAAAUUCGCAUCUUUAUCUUUCGUCCGUCUUGUGGGUUGAGCUUGAACUGCGGAAAGGUUCUCUCUUUCUGUUAUCAAUUAGGAAAUUAAGCUCGUUUAGUUUGAGUAAGUAAAUCUUGAUCAUUGUUGCUCGAAAUGGGAGACAUCACGAAACUGGAUGACUCUGAAGCAGUUGCAUUGACAGGCAAGAUCAUGUUGAUUGCGGUGACACUUCUCUUCAUAGUAGUCCUCUUUGUUCUCCUCCUCCAUUUAUACGCCAAAUGGUUCUGGGGGCGCGUCGAAGAGGCCUCCUCGGCCGCCGCCGCCGCUCCGCCCCCGCGCCGCCGCCGCAGCCGACGGUUCGUCUUCGCCCCCGGCCAGGACCCCACGGUGGCUGUCCGUACGGGGCUCGAUCCGAAGGUCCUGCUCGCUCUGCCGGUGGUGGUGUUCAAUCCCCAGGAGUUCAAGGAGGGUCUUGAAUGUGCUGUUUGCCUCUCUGAACUGGUUCAGGGAGAGAGAGCUAGGAUCUUGACUGAAUGCAGUCACGGGUUUCAUGUGGAUUGCAUUGACAUGUGGUUCCAAUCACAUUCCACUUGCCCUCUUUGUAGGAAAUGGGUUGGUCUCGGUUCAGAUUGUUCGAAGACCAUCGACAUCGAUGAUGAUUUGGAAGAAGAAAAUAGUGACAGUCAACCCGUGGAAGGGAAUUUAUCUGGUGGGAUGCACCCCACUGAAUCACCAAACUUUCCCACAAAUGUGUUGUUUUGGGGUAAUGAAAUGCAGGUUAGCUCUGGGAAUGCUUGUCUAGAAGAAGGUGGUUCUUCUUCUUCUUCAGCUACUUCUCAGUCUUCAUCAUCCUCUGCAGCACUCGCUAUUGCUAGGCCUGCGAUGGUCGUUAUUGACAUGCCAAGGCAGAUUCAGAUGACGGAGAAUCCCUUGGCUCCUUCGUCUUCAGCAAACCGGGUUACCGAUGAUGAUCUGAAGUCCCCAGUUCCUACAAGACUGAGGUCAUUGAAGAGGCUCUUGAGUAGGGAUCGAAGAGUUGUUCCUUGUAGUGCAAAUUCUCUUGAUGUUGAAUAGGGGGAGGGGAUUGUCUUUGCCAUACACUCACCAUGAUGCGCACCAGCUGUUUCAAUUAUAGCUAAAAACUUCAGCUGUUUCAGAGAUUUCUCUCGUUCUUCCAUUAUCCAAACAACAGUUUGUUGAUGGAGAUGAAGAUGGACAAAGUGGUGAUAAAUAGUAUUCACUAAAGUGCUUGGCAGGGUUUCGACAACUGAAUUGGAUAUCCAGAAAUCAAAAUGUUUCAUACACAACAUUUGUUCCAGCAAUGUUGUUCUGAGUCAAGUAUUCCAACUUCUUUUUUAGGAUGAGAGAGAGAGAGAGAGAGAGUACAGUAAAAAGAAAGAGUUUUGCUUCUCUGUCUCAGGUGGAAAAUCAUUCUAGUUACUGAAGAUGUAGUUUGUAAUUUUCGCUGUUGUAAAUGUUUUUGAUUAAAUUUGCAUCUCCUGAUUGGUUAACCACAGAAGUCGGUUCUCUUCCA